AUGAACAAUGCAAACAUCGCAUCCAUAUCCAAGGUAGAAGUGGCCAGGCUUCGAAGUUUUCACAUCGACCAUUUUGUAGGACAAGUUGUCCCAGAUAUACAGCUCACCAACCAGAAUGACGAGACUGAAAACGAGCCAGCAAUAGCUGGCCUCGGUCUCUAUCCCGAUGGUGUGCGGAGAACUUUGACUGAUGAGCAAAUUGCCAUGUUUCGCCAUUCCGAGAUACAGCGUCUUCUUGCAGAACGAAGACGCAAGAAGGAAACCGAAGACGACAAGAAACAGCAAACAAAACAGGUACGCGCGAAGAACGAAAACCAAAGAUCCAACUUCGAAAAAAGCGACUUGUCCCGAUUUGAUGAUGAUGAGACUGUUCAUGGUAGACCUGAGAUUAAAGAACUGAGCUACGAUGACGAUGCUGCAGGAGAAAACUCUGCCGACAUAAAGCAAGCGAAGCAAUUCCAAUGGCCUAUUCUGCCAUCGUAA